AUGUCUUGGACAAUGACAGUUGAACGCGGAAUGCCCAUGGAUGCUUUCUACUUGAACAAACAAUGGAAGUACAGACUGUACAGUAGUGUCAUGGGCAAAACUGCUAUUUCUGCUUCUGAGAAAAUACACUUUGAAACCCCAGAAAAACCAGACUCAGUCAUUAGGCUACUCAGAAACCAUGGAUUCUCCAAUACCCAGAUAGCCCUUCUUGUGAGGAAACGUCCACUGCUGCUUUUAACCAAUCCUGUUAAAACCCUUUUGCCCAAACUUGAGUUUUUUCAGUCUAUUGGGGUUUUAAGAUCUGACCUCGCAAAACUUAUUUGUGCAACCCCAAACCUCUUGGCAAUAAGCUUAGAGAAUCAGAUUGUACCCAAGUAUAAUUUCCUCAACAGUGUGCUUCAAUCCAAUCAAAAGGUUUUUGCUGCAAUUAAGCACACAGAUUCAAUAUUUCUGGCGGAUCAUGCGAAGAAUCUUCUUCCAAAUAUCGCGCUUCUGAGGGAACUUGGGGUACCAGUGUCUUGUAUUGUACUGUUACUGUCUAAUUUCACUGUGUCUAUAAUGCAAAGACAUGGACAGUUCAGUGAAAUUGUUACUGAAGUCAAGGAAAUGGGAUUUGACCCAUUGAAGUCGACAUUUGUGCUAGCAUUGCAUGCCAUUUCAGGGACGAGUACUAAGUUGAGAUGGAAUCGAUGUUAUGAGGCAUAUAAGAAGUGGGGUUCGUCCAAGGAUGAUUUUCUCUUAGCGUUCAGAAACCGCCCGCUUUGUAUGUGUUUGUCAGAGAAGAAGAUAACGAAAACAAUGGACUUCUUUGUGAAACAGAUGGGGUGGCAGUCCACAGCGAUUGAAAGAUACCCAUCAGUUCUCUUUUUCAGCUUGGAGAAGAGGAUUAUCCCUAGGUGUUUGGUUAUCCGAGUCUUGACAUCAAAGGGCUUGAUAAAGAAAGAUUUGAGUGCGAGUACUUUUUUGAUGCCAGGGGAGAAGUGUUUCUUGGAGAGGUUUGUGACCAAAAAUGAAGAGGAAUUACCUGAGCUAUUGUCUGUCUAUCAAGGGAAGGUGGAUGCUCUGGAAUUAUAA